AUGAUCUGCAGGUACAAAAGAUUGACAACAGACCACUUGCAGCCACAGGAUUGUCGUCAGCUGCUAGAAGUGGCAAAAUCAGAUUUUAUGAAUUGCAUCAAGAAGGCUGAUAUUUGUGAAAGACUGUCGGCCAAAGAUAAGGUGUGCAUUUUGCAUUAUCUCGAGGCUUUGCUAAUCCUAAAGCACCUCCAAAGACCUGGAGUGGUUGCCAAUAUGACUGUUGAGGAAUGGCAUGAGAGGGUUCAUCACACCUUCACAUCAGAGGGUGUAUCCGAAAUCCGUGUUGUUGUGGGAGUUAAACAACACAAAACGGCAACCCAUCAAGUGGCGACAUUUGCUCUCACAGAAGAAGAAGAAAAGUGGUUCAAAACUUUUUUUGAUGUGGUGCGACCUUUAUUAGUAAAGGGAGAUCAGCCUCAGAAAACAUUUUUUAUUUCAACAAAGGGAGAACAAAUUUAUAAUGUUACUAAUGAUCUUCGCCAGUUACAUGAAAAGUAUAAGCUGCUAAAUAUUACAAGCCAGAUGGUUCGGCGUACAUGUGAAACUUGGACAUUGGCAGAGUACUCAGAUGUUCAGAAGAGUCUCUUCACCAAGUACCUGGCACAUACCAAUUUGACAGCAGAUCGACAUUAUAGGGAAAAGACAUUACACAAUAUAUGUCUUGGCUCAAAACUGGUCACCCAGCUUGGAUCUAUGUCUAAACCUAUGGAGGCACAAGAAAGCACUUCAAGGGAUGGACUACAGGACAGUGACUCCAUAGAGUCACAUAAGAGAAAUUACUUCCAGAACCUGCUAAAAGAGUUCCCUGUAAACAUAAAACAAUCGAGACCAAAGAAAGUUGACUGCAAACGUAUAUCGCCAUUGUAUUGGCAUCACUGUAGAAAAGAAUGGACAGCUAAGCGUAACAAGAAAAGAGUGAAGCAUAUAAUCAGGGCAUUCCCAGCAAGGCGCCCAAAAACUGUCCAGUUGAAAAAGUACAUAAGAGAAAAGAAAUGGAAAUGUAGUGAAUUAGAGAUUAAACAGAUAGCUGAGGCAUGGAAGCCUAGGAAGUUACAGAACUGGAAAGACUGCAAGGCUCUGGAAGAACACAUCCGCUUGCAAAAUUGGAAAGGGCUGAAAACUACCACAGAUAUAGAAAGCGGUAUAAAGAAAGUAAUGACAGAGAGGGCUUUCCUUAAAGGGGAAGCAAUAUGUGACUUCCAUGGAGAACAGAUAAGUGCCAAAAAAGGCAGAAAAAUGCAAGAAAAUAAAAACUGUCAUGACCUCUUUUUUUAUAAGGAUACAGAAGGCAAGUCAUGGUGUAUCAAUCCAUCCUGUACAUGCCACACUCGGACAUAUUCCAAAUUAAUGUGGAAAUCCAGUACAGAAUUUAAUGUGAUUCCAAUAUACAAAAAUACAUUUGGCAUUCUCAUGCUAGCUGCAAAAAACAUACCAGCCAAUCAGGAGUUAACAUAUUAUGUUGCAAAAUAACUGUGGACAGUGGAGAUUUUUCUUUUAAUAGUUGGUUAGCAUUUCCUUAAAAAAUGGACUGCAAAGACAGUUUGGAAAACUCUGCAUUAUAACAUUAGACUGCCUCUUAAUUCUGCACAAAUAACCACUAUAA